AUGAAAUCUCUGUGUAUGACCUCAAAGAUGCUGCUGACUCUUGCAACUUUUUUCUAUUUUGUCACCUUGAGUUUGGGAGCUGCGAUUCCUCCUUCCUGUGGCUCAAUCUACAAGAGUUUUGCACAAUGUUUAUUGAGACUCGGAGACAGUUUGGUGGAAAAUCAACCUGACCAAAACACACAGGACAUAGAUGCAAUCUGCAGGUCCUGGAAUGAGUUUCAUGACUGUGCCAACGCUGCCCUAGCCGGAUGUCCUGGAGAGGCUGCAGCAGUGUGGGAUUCUCUACGAAAGGAGUCGAGGAAGACAGAGUUUUCUGGAAACCUGUAUGAGAUGUGUGCCAGCCGCACCACAUUGAGCCCCACGACUGUGCCUGCAGCCCUGAGUCCCCCCACCUCCGAGCAGACAAACCAAGAGACGCUCAAAGGAAAGACAGGCAGACACCAGUCCUCGUUCAGCACUCUGUUCCUGCCAGCCUGCAGCACCUUGAUGGUCCUUUUGCAUGUGUAA